GAGAAAAAAUAGAUAGAGUGAAAAAAUGGUAGAGAAGGGGUUUAAGGCAGUGGGUGGAGCACCCAACACGGUUUUAUCCUGUCUCUCAGCAUCCCUUGUUUCCUAACAAAAAAGUGACGGACGUUGAGGUCUGAGGUUCUAGUCGUGAAUCAAACGGGUUUUUGAGUUUAAAGUGCUGCUGCUUCGCAUCAAAGGGAAGGUCUUGAUUUCUCUCUCAAAUGGGUAUGUUAUGUGCAAGUUCAAUAUUUUAAUGGAAACAAAAAUACAAGUUAUUCACUUCUGUGUUUUUGUUUGUUGUAAAAAAGUUAUAGCUCCACCCUUACCAAACCCCUCAGCGCCCACUGAUUGCAAGAUUUGAACUUCAAACCUCCAACAGUUCAAGGUUUUAACCACUCCGUUGAUUCUUAGUGGACACGAGUCAUUGUAAGAUAAUGAAUUAUUUGCUUGUUAGUUUAAUAUUUCGAGAUUCUAAAGGCCAAAGUGGAUAAUUUAGUAUCAAUGAUGUCAUUAAGAUUACAUUCCUAUCACAUUGAGAGAGUGAAAUGAAAGCUUUAAGCUUUAUGGCCUUUGAUAGUAAUGAUUUUAUGGGAUGUUCGUUGGACUGUUCCACUGUCCCUGAUCUUUUAACAAUUAUAUGUUGUCAAAAUAACAAACUUGAGUUGCUGGCUGUAAAACAAUACCAAGUUGCUGAAACCUCAUUGCUUGAAUAUCAAAUGUUUUAUUAGUAUAUAGAGGGAGGCCUAGCUAUUUAUAUACACAAGCAGAAAGGUUCUGGAACUCAAAUAGCAGAACCAAAAGCUAUUUAGAUAUCCAAGCAGAAAGGUUCUGAAACUCAAAUAGCAGAACCAAAAGGUAAAAUUUGGACCAUUUUUCCCUGACAGUUUUCAUUUUUGUUCAGCUGAAUUAAUCUUGAUUUUGUUAUAAUCACUCUAAAUGAAUAUAAUGGUUUUGGGUAAACAUAAAUUUGAAUUUUCUUUUAGGUUUUUGAUUUAAGGAGCUCCUGCUCAUAAAUCAAAGUUCAAGUCUUGUUGUCUGUUGCAUAGUUGCUUCCAAGAGAGGAAACUAAAAUUUCCAAAGUUGAUUAAUUCAAAUCUGUCUUAAUUAACUUGUGUUUUCUAGCUUGAGAGAUACCAGAGCAGGUAAGUCAACAAGUCAAUGGUCUGCCAUUUCUUUUAAGCUGACUUGAGCGUGUUUCACA